ACACAUCCAGAUCAAUGAGAGAGAGAGAGCGAGUCUCUCUCUCCGCGCUCGCUCUCUCGCUCGCUCUCUCGCUCGCGCUCUCUCUCUCUCUCUCUUCCAGGAAGGGAUUAUUAACCAGCGCGCUGCCGACAUGUGAAGGGAAAACACACGCAGACAAAAGAAGUUUUCACACCGACAGCCACGCUAUGGAGCCGGCCAGCAGAUAGAGAACAGAGAGAGAAAGACAGGGAGACUAGGGAGGGGGGAGAAAAAAAAGAAGAAGCGGGCUACAUGAAAAAGACAACUUCUCCCACAGCACCGAGCCGAUCCGCCGCGGAGCUUCUGCCGCCGCAGCCGUGCGGGCUUCUUCUUCUUCUGCCUCUCUAGGAGAUAAGGAGGAAAACAGGGGGCAACGCACGACGGAAAAGUGGAAGGAGAGAAGUUAACGGGAGAUCAUGUCCGAAUCCUCCUCCGUUGCGACCAAGCAGGAGAGGAGCUCUUUCAGUCCUUCCGCGAACCCGCUGCCAAACUCCACUUCCUCCCCCGUCCAUGCUCCCGCCGCGAGGCCAGCCAGCCGAAUGGAGGACGAGCCUGCCAGGAUGCCUGCGCACCUGCGUUUGCCGCCAGUCUUUUGGAGCAGGGAGGACGUGGCCCAGUGGUUGCGAUGGGCCGAGAAGGAGUUCGCCCUCCGGCCAAUCACCAGUGGCUCUUUCCAGAUGAACGGCAAAGCCCUGCUGCUGCUCACCAAGGAGGACUUCCGCUACCGAUCCCCUCACUCCGGGGACGUCCUGUAUGAGCUGCUGCAGCACAUCCUGAAGCAGAGGAAGUCGCAUGUGUUUUACCCGUCGACGUACUUCCCUGGGAACUCCUUCCACUCGCUGCCUGAGAGCGCUGUGCCGCACCUGAAGCUCGAAGAAACGGUACGGCGGGCACCGCGUGCUUCAGAGCCCAUCCCCCAGCACCCGCCGACCAUCGAACUGCGACACCGCCCCCGCUCCCCCCACCACACCACCCCGCGGCGAUCCCCCACUGAGGCAAACCACUCUCGCUCCGCCAACGACGACUCCCUCCAGACCUUCUCUCAGCUGCCCGACAGCAACCACCACCUGUCGGAGGAAAUGUACCCCCUGUCGGUGUCCCCGGCUGCGCCCAACGGGCGCUGCGCGACGCCCCGGGAGGCCCCCUGCCCGGGCAGCCCCGGGGGCCAGGAGGCGGGUCCUCCUCGCGUCAUUCAGCUCAUGCCCAGCACCAUCAUGAACCCUCUGCUCCUCAGCCCGAUGAGGAGCGGAGGGGUCGCCGGCUUGGACUUCAGGCACAGCCGCGGCGGAGCCUCGGCUCAGGCGACGCUGGAGAACGGACGCGAGGUGAAAGUUCACGGACACCAUCAUCAGCUGGCCCAGCAGCAGCAGCAGCAGCAGCAGCACAUGCUGCAGCAACAUGAGGAUCCGCUCUACAGGAACCACGUCAUCAUGCCUGUGUCUCCUCCAGAGGAGCAGCAAAUGCCUAUUGGGCGGAUAGCAGACUGCAGGCUGCUCUGGGACUACGUGUACCAGCUCCUGUCAGACAGCAGGUACGAGAACUACAUCCGCUGGGAGGAUCCGGAGAGUAAAGUCUUCCGCAUCAUGGACCCCAACGGCCUGGCCAGGCUCUGGGGCAAUCACAAGAACAGAACCAAUAUGACGUACGAGAAGAUGUCGCGAGCACUGAGACACUACUACAAACUGAACAUUAUCAGGAAAGAGCCUGGACAAAGACUUCUCUUCAGGUUCAUGAAAACCCCGGACGAGAUAAUGAACGGACAGACGGAGCGGCUGGAGCGGCUGGAGUCCGACAUAGACGAACAAAUCUACAUCAAAGAGGAGUGCUGAGGAACUCUGGGGAGAGAGUCCAUGAACUACUUAAUACUACUACUACUACAGCCGCUGAUGCCUUUCAGAAGCAGCUAGAAAAAUCGAUGUUGAAUACGGAGCGCGCCUACACUCGUACUCGUACCGUCGCUACAGAGGAGGGACAUGAAACGUGAUCCCUUCCAACUUCGCCUUAGGAUGAUAUUUCCCCGACAUGAAAAGAAAACAAACUGUUGCUUUGAUUCUUCUGGUGGACAGAGCCGAGAGGACGUUUUAAAUGUUCCUUCUUUAUUUUUAUUUUUUUUUCCUCCUCCAAAAGCCAAUCACUUUGUUCUUAUGUCACUUUUCUGAUUUCCUUUUUGUCUCCUCACAUGCAUUAUACUAUGGAAUUUUGCUGUUUGUACAAAGAAAAUUGGGCGUGUGUGUGUGUGUGUGACAGGAAUGUUUUCACCAUGAAAUAAAACAUUUUGGAUCAA